UUUAUUUCUUUUUUUCCUUUUUUAAUUGAAGGUUGUGCUAAGACUUUUUUUGGAAAGCCUUAAAAAAAGAAAAGGGGGGGGGAAGAAACCAGCAAGAGACUGAAAAAAGCAAGAGAAAGUGGCAGCUAAGAAGGACUGUGAAAUCACCUCCCCUUUCUGGGGCUGUCGAUCAGAGAGAGAGUUGUACAUUAUUAUUAUUAUUGUUAUUGUUUUUCUUUCUACAUCUGUCUACCCACAUACACACGCAGAGAGAGAGACAAGUACAGGCAGUGAAACUCGACGAGACCAGCCAUGGUAGCAAGGGCUCAGCCUGAUCGGAAACAAUUACCGCUGGUCCUACUGAGAUUGCUUUGCCUUCUCCCUACAGGGCUGCCAGUCCGCAGCGUGGAUUUUACCCGAGGUACCGAUAACAUCACCGUGAGGCAGGGGGACACAGCCAUCCUCAGGUGUUAUGUAGAAGACAGAAGCUCCAAGGUGGCCUGGUUAAACCGUUCUGGCAUCAUUUUUGCUGGAGAGGACAAGUGGUCCCUGGACCCUCGAGUAGAGCUGGAGAAGAGAAACCCCCUGGAAUACAGCCUGCGGAUCCAGAAAGUGGAUGUCUACGAUGAAGGGUCCUAUACAUGUUCAGUGCAGACACAGCAUCACCCCAAGACUUCCCAGGUUUACUUGAUCGUGCAAGUUCCACCAAAGAUCUCCAAUAUCUCCUCGGACAUCACCGUGAAUGAGGGCAGCAACGUGACCCUGGUUUGCAUGGCAAAUGGGCGUCCUGAGCCUGUCAUCACCUGGAGGCACCUCACCCCAACAGGAAAGGAGUUUGAAGGCGAGGAAGAGUAUCUGGAGAUCCUAGGGAUCACACGAGAGCAAUCGGGCAAGUACGAAUGCAAAGCUGCCAACGAGGUUGCUUCAGCAGACGUCAAGCAAGUCCGGGUCACUGUGAACUACCCUCCCACCAUCACAGAGUCCAAGAGCAAUGAAGCGGCCACGGGACGACAAGCCUUACUCCGGUGUGAGGCGUCAGCAGUGCCCACGCCUGAUUUCGAGUGGUACAGAGAUGAUACCAGGAUAAACAGCGCCAACGGUCUGGAGAUAAAGAGCACAGGGAGCCAGUCUCUGCUGAUGGUGGCCAACGUCACUGAGGAACACUAUGGGAACUACACCUGCGUGGCUGCCAACAAGCUGGGAGUCACAAAUGCCAGCCUAUACCUUUACAGACCCGGCACAGGGAGAGUAGACAACGGCUCCAUGAGUUUGGCCGUCCCACUGUGGCUGCUGGCAGCGUCCCUGCUCUGCCUACUCAGCAAAUGUUAAUACAAAUCAGAAUUAAAAAUAAUAAUAAUAAUAAUAAUAAU